GGGGAGGCUACUGGACUCUGCAUGUCGUGUGCUGGAUGUCAGCGCAACCGUCCGAGAAUGUGGACUCCAUCCUGGAAUCCGGUGGUGUCUCCACAGACGUUCAAAGCCAACUGCAGAGCGUGUGCCACAUCCAAGCAUCUUCUGCUGCAUUUGCCGCGAUCCUUAGCGAUGGGAAGGUCGUCACCUGGGGUGAUCCUGCUUGGGGAG